GCUGAUUUUUUGUUUUGUAAUAUUUGAGCAAUUGCAAAGGCUUUAAGAGUGGUGCCUCUACGGGAAGACCAGUCAAUACCCCAGUGACAGCGAAGAGGAGUGCGAGAAAAUCCAAGGAACCGGAGACCGGCAAGACAAAAUCACUGCAAAGCACCCAGGAAUAUGAGUUUUCCGGACAAGGCGGAGCGCACGAAGUGCUGGAGCAACCGGGAUGAGUACUGGAAGUGUCUGGAUGAGCACGCCCCAAAGCACAGCUCCACCAGCGGCGAAAAGGUGCCAUCCGCCUGCCAAAAUCUCCGCAAGCUAUUCGAGCAAUCCUGUCCAGGCCAGUGGGUCAAGCAUUUCGACCGCAAACGCACCUACGAGCAGUUCAAGGAGAAGAUGGCCUCUGGCUACGAUCCGCUGGACGAGCGCACAAAGGCCGGAAAGCAGGCCAAGUGAUGCCCCCAUCCGGAUUCCUUCGCGGGAUUCCCAGGAGCAUCCGGUGGCCUCCGCAGUCAUCCGUGUUUUUGUACUGUUGUAGGGUAGUGUAAAUAAAUAACCCAUCUAGCUAUAUGACUACAAA